GAAAGGGUGAUAAGGAGGAGAGGUUGUAAGAUCGAGUAUUAGCCCUUUUUAUUUAUUUUAUAUUGUUUACAUUGUUAUAUUAACUUUCUAAUGUCUUUGUUUGUAGUACCUAUUAUACAGCUGUAUUAUAAAUGAAUUGUUUGACGCGUUAAAGAUCUGGACUCAGUCUCUGGUGACCUCUAGCGAUGAUCUCGGUGAACUGCGAUCAGGGUAAUGACUUCAUGAUGGGCGUCUGUCUCCUCCUAAGUAACGUCCCUUUAUUUCUGCGGUCCAUAGUAGAGGUUUACUAAUACUUAUAGAUUGAGAUGCAGUUUCUAUCAGGGAACUUAUCUCACUCUCUCACACUCUACUCGUUUUCUCGCGAGGACAGCAACUCUCGCCUCCCCGCUCUGUACUGGUGGAUGUGAUCCGACAGACAUCCAAGAAUGUCUUCCAUCGUCCACGGAUGGCCCGACCCUUCGCGCGUGCGCAGUAUCGCCCAUCGCCCAUUCACUCCCACGGCGGAUUACCAUCCGCGGCAUCGGGUUUGAAUCGUGCGCGGACCUUGGACGGUUUAUCACGGCGUGAAUAUCAGGACACCCGCAGGCUGUCAUGGGGUCCCCGUGAGACUGGAACGGGUGAACCGACCCUCCGGUUAACGGGCUUCUUCUUCCUCCUCCUCCGACGCUCGGCGGUACAAAGCGUCGCGCGGCAGCGAUGGGGGGCACGACCUCCUGCUGCGUGCCCGCGAGCCCCAAGCGGCGGCGGAACGCCCACGCGAGGCUCGAGUCCUUCACGGAACCGGAGAUCAGCCGUGAGGACAGCGGCUGCAACCUGCAGCACAUCAGCGACCGGGAGAACGUCGACGAGCUCAACAUGGAGUCCAACCCUGCCGACCAUCCACGGGCCGGGACCAUGUUCCUCAGCAAGUCCCAGACUGACGUGCGAGAGAAGCGAAAGAGUAUCUUCAUCAACAAUUUAACACACCUGAUGGAACCCAGGCAGUCCAACACCAGGUGUAAACACAGCUCUUGUUCCACUAUCUUCCUGGAUGACAGCACAGUGAGCCAGCCUAACCUCAAGUACACCAUAAAAUGUGUGGCCCUGGCCAUCUUCUACCACAUCAAAAACCGAGACUCUCAUGGCGGCACGGUGCAGGACAUCUUUGACGAGAAGCUCCACCCCCUCACGAACUCGGCGGUCCCUGCGGACUACAAUGAUCAGGACCCUGAGCAGAAGCAGAUCUACCGGUUCGUGCGGACGCUGUUCUGCUCGGCCCAGCUCACCGCAGAGUGCGCCAUCGUCACCCUGGUGUACCUGGAGCGACUCCUGACGUACGCGGAGAUGACCAUUGGCCCCGGCAACUGGAAACGCAUCGUCCUGGGCGCCAUUUUGCUGGCGUCCAAGGUGUGGGAUGACCAGGCGGUCUGGAACGUGGACUACUGCCAGAUCCUCAAGGACAUCACCGUCGAGGACAUGAACGAGCUGGAGCGCGACUUCCUGGAGCUGCUGCAGUUCAACAUCAACGUGCCGUCCAGUGUCUACGCCAAGUACUACUUCGACCUGCGCUCAAUGGCCGAGGCCAAUAACCUCAGCUUCCCCCUCGAGCCGCUCAGCAGGGACAAGGCCCAGAAGCUAGAGGCGAUCUCCCGUCUGUGUGACGACCGCUAUAAGGACGUGCGGCGUGCGUCCAGGAAGCGCUGGUCCAGCGUGGACAACCUGUGUGGCGUCCCCUGGGUCCCCGCCAUCCUGUCCUAGCGCCUAGCAACAGCCUGGACACUGGGGACGCCUGGCGACCAGCCAUGGACACUGGAGACGCCUAGCAACCAGCCAUGGACACUGGCAAUGCCUAGCAACCAGCCACGGCACUGGGGACGCCUAGCAACCAGCCGUGGACACUGGUAACGCCUAGCAACCAGCCAUGACCACUGGUAACCCCAAGGAACCAGCCAUGGACACUGGUCACCGCUAGCAACCAGCCAUCGACACUGGUCAUCUCUAGCAACUCACGAUCUGCCACAGAGACUGGUAUCCCCUAGCAACCAACAAUGGUAACCGCUAUCCCCUACAACCUGGUCACCACUAGCACCCUCCUAUGGAUAAUGGUAACCAAUGGCAACCUCCCAUGAAUACUUGUCACCGAUGGCAACAUUCCAUAGAUACUGGCACAUCCUAGCAACAGGCCCUGGAUACUGGUCACCAAGGACACAGGUAGCCACUGGCAACCUGCGACGGCCACCGGUAACCAACGGCAACAUUCCGUAGAUGGUAGAGCAACGGCAGGAGGCCACGGACACGACCCCAGGACGGGGUCAGAAACAACCUCCUGACCUCUGGCCCCAAGGCCCGGCGCCACUCCUGGGUCCAGGACCGGAUCAUUAUCUGAACUUUGACCUCCACAGUGCCUCAACUCUCGUGGUCCGAAUGGGAGGGGGGGGGGCGGGGGUGGCAAUCACAUACAAAAGAAACUGCUCCCCAAACAAACUUUCUUUUUGGCCACUUUCAAAAUAUCUUUAUUUGUUCAUCUUGGCGCUGUGUGUUACCACGGGAACAACGUCUCACACCAUUUACACUACAGUAUUGCAGUCCCUCCAGUGCCCCCCUCGCCACCCUGGGGGAGGGGGGGGGGGGGUUGUGUAACCAGGCUGCCUCGUCUGACCCUUGACCCCCGGGGGGGCCUCCCUCCUGGGGUCUCUCAGGUAGCGUGUUAGAUGCUCUGUGUGCUUCUGCUCUCGUUCUCUAGAGUUUGGCUCGACGUACGGAAAACAUUUGAUAUUAAUAUUAAUAUAACUGAUAUCUUCACUGAAAUGCAGUCAAACAAUAAUUAGUUGUUCCUUGUGUUGCACUGCACCGAUCGAAACGCACACUCGAGAUGUAAAGAGACGACGGUGUCUCUAAGUUAAAGCACAUUGAAGCAGUUUGCUGGUAUUUGUUUAAAUACCUCAUAUUCAGAACAUAAUGUCUUAUUUCGACCAGCAGAGGCCGCCGCCACCACACCGAUCCGUUUCCAUGGUUUCCAUCAAGUUAUUUCAAUGCCAAUAGUAGAUCUGCUGCAUAUUAUAUUUUAGGAAAGAAAAAAAACAUGUUAAAUCGAUCAAAUGCCGAUCAGACUAGAAAGUUGGGAAGUGAAUCAUUAGAUCGUUAGUUUUGACCGACAGGCGAUAAAUCAGUGGGUGGUCAAACAGGGGAGCCAAUAGGAAGAGGAGAUGCACAUGACCCGGUAUCUCUUCCUCGUUUAACUAUUUAGCAACCCGUCAAAAUGGUUGACUGUUGUGUGACGGACGGACCGGAUUGUGUUGUCAUUCCCAGUGGGCUCACAAGACAUUCCCCAUAAAGAGAAACGCUCCUUUAUGGGGAAAUAACCCACAAUGCAUUGCUCUGUGUUGUGUGUUCUUCACUGUGAAAUCAACUGUAAAUGUUAUUUAUGGAAACUCAAAGUACCAAAGUAUUUAUUAGCCUUUAUUUUCUAUUUUUCAAAUUCUGGUCAGUGAUUGUUUGUGUACGAUUUUGGACUGUUACAAGUGGACCAAAUUUAACUUAAUAAUUAUAAUUGAAUCGUUAUUAUUACGUCAAACGCUCAACUCAUUCUGUUCCUAUUCUGUUUUUACUAAAUAAACGAAAUUGUCAGUAAAAAGUAUCAAGUUAUAUAACUAUCAAGCUAUUAUUACUAUUCAUUAUUAUCACUCUUAUCUGAGAGUUUUCUGAACAUGACAAAAGUUGAAUUCAUGAAUAAUCUUUGUGAUUGAAGAAGUGAUGCAGGUGGAACAUUUAUAUCUAGUGUUGAAAUGUGUUUGUAAUAAAAUACCUCAGAUUCCCAAGAAGCUUUUGAUUUGAAACGUUAAUCCAAGAUAUU